UCAGCAGCCGCCUACCACACGCCUUGGUUGUGGUGAGGAUGGUCAUAUCAUCCAAAUAGGCUCUGAUAGGCGGGAGACAAAGACCUGAUUUAAUCUUUUGACCUCCUACCACCCACCUAGAGGCUCAGAUGAAGACCUCCAUAGCCAUUGUAAAAGCAAGAGGUGAGAUGGUACACCCUGCCAUUAUUUCUAUUUCAAGUCGCUGCCAUGCUGUGGUACACUCAGCAGUUGUCAGGCAUGGCUGUAGGUCCUGGAAAUAGGCUUUGACGAGACCAGUUAUGGAAUCCGGGACACUGAAAUAGUGGAAUGCCACCCAGAGGAGAUCACGAGGAACUGACCCAAAGGCAUUUGCUAGGUCCAGGAACACAACAUGGAGAUCUCUUCCACCCUUUUUGGCAGCUUGAAUUUGACUCCAUAUCAUGUUUGUGUGCUCUAGGCACCCCGAGAAGCCUGGAAUCCCUGCUUUUUGCACCGAAGUGUCAAUGUAUUGGUUCCUUUCCAGGUAAAUGGCCAGCCUGUGAGCCACUACACUGAAAAAGAUUUGCCUUCAACAUUGAGAAGGCUGAUUUGGCGAAACUGGCUGAUGUCCACAGAGUCAUUUUCCUUGGAGAUCAGGAUGCCUCCUGCCCUCCGCCAUGCAGUUGGAAUUGCUUGUUUCUGCCACACCACCUUUAUCAGCCUCUAUAGAAAGUGUAAAACCUCUGGAGUUUUCUUAUAGAAUCGGUAUGGAAUUCCAUUGGGCCCAGGAGAGGAUGCAGCUCUUGCUCGUCGCACAAUUCUCUCCACCUCACUCCACUUGGGAGGCAAGAGCUUCCCUGGCUAGAGCAAGAGCUGCCAUGCCAUUUAGUUGUCUGACACUCGGGGAAAAGAAGGAUUACAUUGACCCCUCAGAAAUCAACGACAAAUAUGACCUGGGACAAGUUGUUAAAUCGGAGGAGUUCUGCGAGAUAUUCCGGGCGAAGGACAGGAACACGUUGAAAAUGUACACCUGCAAAAAGUUCAACAAAAAGGAUGGCAGGAAUGUGAGGAAAGCUGCUAAGAAUGAAAUAAUGAUCUUGAAAAUGAUAAAACAUCAUAACAUCUUGCAGCUGGUUGAUGCUUAUGAAACAAAGAAAGAGUACUUCAUUUUUCUGGAGCUAGCCAUGGGCAGAGAGGUUUUUGACUGGAUCUUAGAUCAGGGCUACUACUCGGAGAGAGACACCAGCAAGGUAAUGAGACAGGUGCUGGAGGCCGUGGCCUACCUACACUCCUUGAAAAUUGUCCACAGAAAUCUAAAGCUGGAAAACCUUGUGUACUUUAAUCGCUUGAAACACUCUAAAAUUGUUAUCAGUGACUUCCAGCUGGCAAAACUGGAAAACAGACACAUUAAGGAUCCGUGUGGGACUCCAGAGUACCUUGCUCCAGAGGUUGUUGGUAGGCAGCGAUAUGGAAGACCUGUAGACUGCUGGGCAAUAGGAGUCAUCAUGUACAUACUUUUGUCUGGGAACCCUCCUUUCUACGAUGAUACCGACGAGGAUGACCCCGACAGUCGCGACAAGAACCUUUUCUUAAAGAUCUUGUCGGGAGACUAUGAAUUUGACUCACCAUAUUGGGAUGACAUUUCAGAUUCUGCCAAGAACCUGGUGGCAUCUUUGAUGGAGGUAGACCAAGACCAGAGAUUGACUGCACAGGAGGCGAUUGCUCAUGAAUGGAUUUCAGGGAAUGCUGCCUCGGAUAAGAACAUCAAAGAUGGAGUUUGUGCACAAAUAGAAAAGAACUUUGCUAAAGCCAAGUGGAAGAAAGCUGUCAGAGUGACCACACUCAUGAAGAGGCUUCGUGCAUCCGAGCCUGGGGAUUCUGGAGCUUCCGAUCCCGCUGCCGGUGCUGCCGGUGGUGCCCCUGCCGGUGCCGCCACAGGUCCAACAGGCAGUAGCGGUGGUCUUGCUGCCAGCUUAAAGGCCGCUCUUAGUGCAAAUGCUCCUGACACACAGAAUGAUGCCACACCUGUGCCCACUCAGCCAAGUGCAGACGGACAGGAAGAGAAGGCGGACAAACGGUGCAAUGGCGAUGCUCUUUAGGAAAAGAAGGAAUUAAACACAAGAUUCAACUAACAAGCACAUGAGCAGCACAGCUAAUAUGGUUUGCAUAAUCAUGUGGUGUUAAUGUUCUCUAAAUAUGUCAUGCAUUUCAUGAUUUCUACCUUCUGUACUGACUAGUUGGUAAUGUUCUCUACCCUCUUGUUAUUUUGUGUGCAAGUCCCUUUAAAACUAGCCAUGAGGCGCUCCACUUUUGCUCUAUUUUCCAUGAAAAGCUGUAAAAAAAGGCGUAGUGUAAUUAAUUGACGUCCAUUCCUCUUUAAUCAUCAACUGACUGUAUGUACUGUAUAUGUAGUGUAGAUAAUAUUUAUUUGUUUCAACCAAUGACUAGUGGUAAGCUUCAGCUCUUCCAUUCUUGAGUUGAUGACUUAAAGGUGUAUUUACUUGCACACAGACUAUUUUCCAAAGUGAAUAUUUGAAUUACACGCUCAGUAUAAGUAAACCAAGUCUUUGGUGAGCAGAAACCGCCACAAAAUAUUCGGAAAAUCUUUUUUUCAAGGAGUCGAGGCCCCACCCAUGUAAAUUCCAUCCAUCUAUCCAUUUUCUACCACUUGUUCCUUUCGGGGUCGCGGGGGCUGCUGGAGCCUAUCCCUGCUGCAUUCGGGUGGAAGGCGGGGUACACCCUGGACAAGUCGCCACCCAAUUAAAUAGAUUAAAUCAUUUGUUUAAAACGACUGGUAUCGGCCAUUUACACGUGUGUCUGACUGUAUCACAAAUGUUUGUAAAUUAUUAACAUAUUUCACAGCGGUCACAUAAAUCACAUUCAAGUUGAUUGGCAGCAAGAAAGUUUAUUUUUAUUUUUAGUUAAAGUGCCUUAAUAUUUUUUGCAGUACUAAAUGUUUCAGAAGAAACAGCACCAUUAUUAAAAUGACUUAUUUAUUUCUUUGAAAUGUUAUAGCUUCUUCACUUUGCUCUUCUUUUUAGAGUCUUUAUUAAUGCAUUUUCCCCAUGAUGCUUAAUUUUAGAUGAAAUUAGGAUUUAAUACACUCAAUGUGGAGUAUUGUUUUAGACGUUUUGCUUCUGUAGUGCUGUCAAAUGUUGUUAUCAAUCAUUCCUUAUACUGUAUCACAAUGUACUGUAGAUCUGCAUUGUAUAGAUGUGGUUUGUUUAUGAUUAUAUGUGUAGUGCAACAGUUAGCUGAGCUAACAAGUUGCUACGCUUAAGAAAUA